GCUGGAACACUGUUGCCUUGGUAACGUAAACAAAGCGGCUGACGGCUGGCAGUGAUUUCUCUCACAUCCCGCUCACUGGCGCUAAAAAAUUAUCAUUUGGUUCAUUUUACGCUCACUAACUGACCUGGGUUCAGUUCUGCUCAACAAACUGAGCGACUUUGUUCCUUUUAAAUCCAGCUGAUGGAGCUGAACAGGCGCGUGUCUUCCGCCGGUUACCGGCUACCGGAGAGAUCCACCGAGACCAGGACGACAACCGGCGGGGCACCGGCGGAGCGGACCACCGAAGAAGGUUCUGGACAAAACCCGGACAGGAGCGAUGUCUUUAAACGAGACCAGGUGUGGAAGGAGAUGGUCUGGAGAGAGAGGAGAGGCGUCCUGGAGUGGGAGAAGAACUGGGGCUUUCUCAGGAACUAUGAUCAGAUGGGAAAGCUGAAACCAGAGGAGCCUUUACCCGCCUACGUGUCCCUCUUCUCUGAUCGCUUCCCCAACACCACCAACCAGAUCUUUGGCAGCAGAAUGUCCACUCCGCUGGGGAGGGAACUGGUCAGAUUAGACAGGCUCUUUCAGACCAACCAUCACAAGCGCAAGCAGGAUCCAGAAAGACUGAACUGCUAGACCCAGCGGGAGCAUCUGCACAUCUGGACCUCUGUUAGCCAGAUCCUCUAAACAGGACUGUCCAGUGCUGAGCUCAGGGCUUGGCAGAGUGGAUUAAAGAUUUCUGAGUUUAGAUUUGGGGCUGCACAGUGGCGUAGUGGUUAGCACUUUCACCUUGCAGCAAGAAGAUCCUGGUUCAAAUCCCGGGGUGGGCCUGGGAUCUUUCUGCAUGGAGUUUGCAUGUUCUCCCUGUGCAUGUGUGGGUUUUCUCCGGGUACUCCGGCUUCCUCCCACAGUCCAAAAAUAUGCUGAGGUUAAUUGGUUACUCUAAAUUUU